GCGGAAGAAGCGACACACGCGACGCAAACAGGGGGGCACGCACGUAGGAAAGGUGCGGGUGAACCUCCUCUUCCGGCACGAUGCGAGCAGCCUUGCGGCGGGACAGCGACUGUCUUCACUAUGAGAAGCUACCACAAGUAAAGAAGAGGCGAAUUACGUGGCACGCGCCAUCUCCCAUUGAUUCGGAAGAAACGAGGGUAGCGGGCUCGAUUCCUCAGAGAAAAUCUGCGGAAGAAAAUUAAAAAUCGUCGACCAACGUUGGCGACGAUUAGCAACGCGUCCUCGAAGGUUGCCUGCAAUGAUAUGACGUAAGGAGUUGAUAGCAACUUUCCGUUUUAUCAGGUGUGUAUCGUUUCAGCGAAUCGAGUAAUCAAAUUCUACACGUAAUUUUUAUGAACUGUACAAGAGAGAUAGUGACGCACAUAUACCGUCCUAUCUUUGUAAAAGAAAAAAUAAAUGAAACAUGAACGAUGAUUCAGUCCAGUGUGCUUCAGGGCGGACGUUGGGACACGACCGUGAAUGAAUCUAGGUCACGUGCGUCGUCAGGGUGUAGUCGUAAAAAUCGAUAAGGGCGAUUGAUCGCAUCACUGGAUGCGCUCCAGAAAAUGUACAGGUAACCAGUCGAACGAUCAGAGAACCGUGUCGUUUAAAUUAAUCGAUGUCUAAUGGUGUAAAAACAAGGAUGAUGCAAAUGUGGAAACGAUCAUAAUGACUCUUAAACCAUGUGUGACAUCAGUGUGACUCAAUCGAACGGUAGAAACAGCGCAAGGCACGAGGAGGGACUCGUGCCUUGCGACGUGCGUUGACGUUGCGUGACAACGCGCGUUGCCGCGGGAACAUGACGGCAUCGAGUCGUCACCGAGUUGUUCUUUCGAUCCUGUUGCCAACGAUAAAUGCUCGGCAACUUUUUGUCCUGAUUGCUCAGGAGAUGCAAAAAGAUACAAAAAGGUAAAUCGGCAAAUAGAAGCGUCCUCGAGCGAGCGUUGGUCUCAAUCAAUUUUUCAAGAUUGCCGAUCAAAGUGUGUUCACCUGUAUUUUAGUCUGGCCGGCAGUAAGUGGACACCGAAUUACACGAAAAACUUGGGUCCAAUGGAAAAAAAAGUCGCAACGUGGUGUUUCUCGUCUAUUUUCUUGCUUCAUUCCGACUACUCGUGUUGCAUUUCACACGGAAAGCCGAUGUUUGUGGUGUGCAUAACACGACUGCCGACAGUCGACGACCGCUGCUCCGAUUCAGUGGCGCGAUCAGCAAUGUAAAUGAGCAUGAGCAUGCAACUUCAUUAACAAUCUAUUAUGCGGUGUAAUGUGAUGCAGAUCACAACGAAGUUGUAUUGUCCAUUUGACGUUCGCAAGACAAGCUCAAGGAGAAUUAUUUUCAUUUAGAGCAUUUUAGUGGAAUUUUGGAAAGAGUUCUAAAAUCUCUCUUCUGGUGCUUGGUAACAUUUUCUUUCAAGAUCAAAGCACUUUCAUGGCUUGUUCGUCCGUUUUUGAGGAGGCGACGAUGAUUAUUCGUCGUAUUAUUAACUAGUUUAGAUCUCUUCUUGGUACUAAACUGUUUUGGAAGCGCGCUGCUCUACUUGACGUGCUCGGAUUGAAGAAUGAUUAACGACGACACGAAACCGGAAUUAAUCACUUUGGAUCUUCCAGAAACUUGGUGAGUGGGGUUGACUUAACCCCGUUCUUAUGCAAGCUAACCGACCUUAUUUGUCGCCACCCUACUUUGUCUAUUUUAAGUCUCACGGAAGCACACGUGCGUGCAGACAGAAAGGUCAAUACCAUAAGAGAGGGCUAGAAUCUGAUAUGCUCUUGACAUUAUUACGCAAUCGGCGUCAUACAUCAUCGUCAGCGGACUUGAAACAGGAAGAGUCACUAAUUAAAAAAAUAACCACGUGUAUAUACGCAAGAUAGUUAAAUAGAUGAUAAUUAGAUGGUAGGUAAUUAAUUAAAAAGUUUGUCAAAGGUAUGUUUACUCUUUCUCUCUCUCUCUCUCUUCCAUGCUCUAUAAAUUUUAAAUAAGAUCCUACAAGUUUUUCAGGGCUGACGACCGAUCAUCAACCCCUUGUUUGCCUAAGCAUCAUAGACUACCCGGAGAACAAAGCGUCGUUCUUCAUAGAACGUAACAGUACUUGCGGUUGAAUCAUUCACCACCCACGGUGGAUUGGACCGCGACGAGACGAGAAGAAGAGCUUCAACAAGACGAAGAAGAGCAAGGGAGAGAGAGAGGACGGAACGAAGGAGGACGUUAUUGUCGCUCGAGCACUUUACGCCAAUUUGCAGGCGCGACGUUUUGAAAAGGAUGUUCCUGAUAAUAUGGAAAACAUUGAACUCAGCGGAUAAGGGGUCAAGUGGGUUAGUCGUUCCUCGCGCUAGUUAGGACAAUAGGAUAUGCACACCGAUGACAGUUAGAGAGAAGAUCUCGGCAAAUAGACCUCGCUAACUGGAAGAUACAACCAAGAUGAACGAGAUAGACAUCGAUGUCUCUAUUUGCAGAUUGACUUCUUUGUGACUGAGACAGAUCCGUACUAGAGACGUUAUUAUGCAAAUGUACAGAUACUCUCGCCCCUCCAGCUAUCUCUAAAAAAUAUUUAACAAGCAAAUUGUAGGAUACGUUUUUUAUCGUUACUGUAAACAAGUUAUUGUUACGCCAUUACGUCUCUCAAGUUUACGAGAGCUCUCCACCUUCCACAGAGUCUUUCCAAGGUACAUAAAGCACUGGGAGAUUUUCACUCCGCGGAAACUUCUUUCAUCACUCGUGUAAACGCGUAACACCCUUCGACGCGAAGCCGCGAUUCGUCCUGAGAUACAACCUUGGGCGGAGGAAAAAGAAGCCGUGGUGGAAGUUUCUUGCUCCGGUUGAAGUUUCUUUUCCACAAUUGCAGCUGCGUGUAAAGGCGCAUCGAGUACGCGAGGCAGCGGAUAGAAUAGUGGGGUGAGGGCAUGAUCGUGGGAGAGAUGAAAAGGGACAUAAUGGAGGAGCGGAGGUGGAAGGAAAACAAGAAGAAGAAGACGAAGAAGCAGAAGGAGGAGGAGGAAAUCUUCCCCGCUACCUACGGAACGAGGGACCGUGCGUAAUAAGUGGCUUGAAUGUCUGAAGAGCCGAACAAGAUGCGGCUCGUUGCACUCUCGUCUCCCAUUUUUUUCUUUUUCCUUUUCCGCAGAAGCGCAAAGAAGAGCGCGGCGAGAAACGAUACGAAGGUAAAGAAGCGACGCGUCGGGAAAAAUACACGUGAAACGUUCUGGACUUUGACGAUAAACCGUUUGUUUUCAGGUCGCUAAAGGCUGCCUGCAAUUACUCCGUAUCGUUAUUACGCUCCCUAAAUUUUUUGCUGGGCGGCUAAGAUGAUAAGAAUUUCAAUGAACAGCUUCCUUACAACCAUUUUAGAAUCCUCUCCAAAACUGACAAUUAAUAAAUCAAUAAAUAGUACAAAUCGUUGAAUAGCUUGCUUACAUUCUUAUCCGCUGGCAUUCAUUUCUUCUAGGUGUGGAACGACGAGAAUGAAUACGGGAGGAAGUAAGAUGCAGGAGGUGGCUGCGUCCCGCGGGAUAAUAACCAAAUGGAGGAGGACGUUAACUACUAGGUCCGCGUAGGCAGACUCACCUGAAACGAUCGACCAAUUUAGUGCGACCGCUUAUUAUCGGUCGCAGAAAAAGCGGCGUGGAACAACGAGCAGAGCGAAGAAACCGCCAAGAACCGAUUCAAAAUCGCUCGUCUUGCCUACCGACGGUUUUCGAGCGAUGCAUGUUGUUCAUCUAAUCUAUUCUUUCACGUAUAACCGUUAACAAGCAAAAAAGAAACGAUUUUAUUAUAAAGUUACUUUUUUAUAGUGAGACUCGAUUUAGAAUUGUGCGUUUAAUUAAAAACGUCUUGUCUACGAGCGAUUAUUAAAUAUUUCCAAUCUUGAUAUUUUUCCUUUUACCUUCAUAUUUCAGCAUAAUCUUCUUUCUUAGAUACGAUCGCGGCUAAUUCUGAGUAGGAAUUCAAUGAUCCUGCAGCAACCUGUGAAUAAUUGCGAGACACGCAAGGUCGGAAAUGGGGGCGAUCGUCGUAGUCAAAGUCAAUGAACCGCGAGAAGAGGAAGGAAGAAUGCAACGAGCGCGAGGAUUUUAUGAGGGGCAGCCGUCGUUAAUAGUGCGCAGUGCCGAAUAAACCCCGAGGGAGCUUCGCAAAAAUUAUUUCUAUCGUAAAUCCUUCUUUUCCCUCGAUAGAACGUUCAAGUUGCGUUUCGUGAAACUGCACGAGAAUGCGCGAGAUCAGGAACGGAAGAACUGCAAUUCUCAAGAUUGCUUACGCGUCUGUGGCCGAUGGUGUUAAUUACCGUGGUAAAAUGACUGAUAUCAUCUUUGUAAUCCGGUCAGAGUCGUCGCGAUGCUCGUGGUAAAUUGUUUCUACCGGAAACGCGAGCUCGUCGUCGUCGUCGUUCUCAGCUCUGUCGUGCUGGCGUAAUCGCGAGAUCGCGCGGAGAUGGAAAUUUCGUCAGUAUGUCAUUGUUAAAUUGCCUCAGUCGCGUCAAUUCAUAAAUUGUCGCAUGCGCUUCGCGUUGCCCGAAGAUGUCUCGGCGAAUCAUCGUGGAAUAAAGUUGUACGUAAUAUAAGAUGUUCCAAUUUCGAGAAAGCCAUCACGUCUGAACGAUCAGCAAAGCCACGGAUAAUUUUAUAAAAAGGAUCAAUUUAAUAUCUCACGAUAUUGAUUUUUGGCUAAAAAUUUCUCAAUUGAAACUACUGAUGAAAAUCGAAUAAUACGUUAAAAUCGUAUCCUCGUUUAAUUAUUUAUAAUACUUUUUGAAUUAAUUGAACAACGGUGAGUGUGGAUUAAUAAAUCCAAAACGGAAAGGGUGAAGAGAAUGCUUAAGGCGGCAGAUUUCCUUAUCACACUCACGACAUAAAGUGCUGUUUGAUAAGAUUACGACCUAUCGCAAAAGGAUAAACAGUUGGCCAUGACAAUAAAUGAUGUGCGCUUCUUGCAGCUUCCGGUUUCCUAACGUGAAAAUAUGCACCAACAUGCACCGCGUUUCGGAAUAUAAAAAUGGAAUGUUUAUGUAUAUGAAUAUAUUUCGUAAUAUUAAUAUUAUCUUCUUAUCUCUACUCGAAAGUUCGGAAAAAGAAGAAGCAAAAAAGGAAUUUCAUGCAUUCACCCUAUCUAAUCUAGCGAUCUAUCAAUCGCGACGACAAUUAAUUAAGCACCGGACAAUUGCGUGACCGGAAACGCGAAGGAGAACCGCUAUGAACGUCGUGCGAUGAGUGCGAUGCCAUGUUUGCAAUUGCGCGCAAGUUGCUCAUUGUUUCAGGUAGAUAAAUAACUGAUAUUAACGAUUAACAUGUUACAAGGAUACAUAGUGUUUUUUGAUAUCAUCGGUAGUUUAAAUAAACAGCAAUGCAACAGAAAUACAGCCCAAGCGAUUAGUUUACGGGAAUAAGAAAACAUUACAUUACGAAUAAUGGUGAUGCUCAAUUCAAUAUACGUACACGUAAUACGUAUAUAUAACUGAAACGUGAGAAUAUGUAAUUUUUUUGUUUAGAGUAUCAUAGUACAUCGAAAAGGCCGCAUCAACAGGAUGUAUACAUCGAGGCAAGAAGCGUGUACUGAACGCGAACUUUCGAUUAUACGCACUAUAAAUUUCCAAGCCACGCACCAUUAACUCGCUGAUAGCUGAAAAUCCGGCUGGAUCAAUGAAUCCCGGCAGAAGGCAAUAUUGCUCGGUGCAUUAUUUCGCCGACCGCGUGAAGAUGUUUCUGACGCUGUGCAAUCAGCUGGAUAAUUAGCGACGAAAAAGAUAAUAGUCAAUUCUGAUAGGACAAUAAAUCCCUAUUAUUAUUAUUAUUAUUAAGAUUCCUGCAUGAACAAAGGUUCAUAAAAAUAAAAAGUAAAAUUGCAUAAUCAUGAACAUUCUUCACACAAAAAUAAUUCAGUUAAAAUAAAUGACUAUAAAAUUAAACUCAAUAAAUUUCAAUAUAAAAAGCAGCCUUCAAGCGGCAAUUACUAGCCGCAGCAAAAUCAAAUGGCAAAACUGGUUUUUGUACAGACAAUGCGUCGUAAAUGGACGAAAGUACAUGUGACGCACCAUUAAAACGGAACGGAAUAGAAAAGCAACUACAGAGAGAAAAGCAAGUCGCUUCUCGGGCUACAUAAAGAAAUAGUGAGGAUUAGUCUGACGAACGUUCGUUCUCUCGAUUGAAUCGAGGUACGAUGAGUGCUCUCAGUUUCGCUCUUCCCUUCUCGGGUUUCCUCUAUAUAUUAGGUAAACCUACAGUAUCGGAAAUACCCGAUGCAGGAAAAGUAACAAGUGUGACCGAACAAUUAAACAAUCCUCUUCUCGAAAUUUCAACAGAAAGUUACAAGAAAAGUGACGAAAAUGAACCUGAGCUACGAUUUCUGUUUCCUUCUUUGGAUCCGUUGAAGACAACGAUGCCAACAAGUCCUGCAAAUCGGAAACUGGACGUCGGUUUCCGGGUCGGUUUUGAUUCGGAUAAAACAGAAUUGAAACAUCUACCAGAUCUCUUGACGAAAAAUAUUCAGCUCGACGCAAAAUGGUCGCAAGGAUCGGACGAGCAUAAAGCUUCCAAAGAACUUGCGACCGAAGAUGUGCGGAUUAAAAGUGUUCCCAAGAAUGCGGUGACAGAAAGCAACAGAAAGGACGCGGCUAUUCGCUUGUACGUUCCGGAUGUUAAGGAUACGUUGAAGGAAAAGCUUGCGAAAGGGAAGCAGCUCGAAAUGGACGUUGAUGUGAUUCGAACGGACGUGGACAAGGCUAAUGCCUCGACUGUCGAUAAUCGCGCGAAAAGGAAGCGAAGUUAUAUCCGGCUCUGCAAAAGAUUAACCGGAUCGAUGCAAAAGCCACGUGGUAAGGAUUGCGUCAAGUUUCCGAAGAGCGAAUUUUACCUGGAACAAGCUUCGAAGACGAAAGAGGAAAAUCAGAAAGACGGUUCAGUUAGCAUUAGCUUUGUAGGGACCAAGACCAACGACGGGAAGAAUUAUAAGAAUUCCGAAAAUGGAAGCUACGAGUACAAACAACGAGAUGGAACGGCGAAGCCUCGUUAACUCUCGAUUUCAGAUGAUUCGGGUGUGAAGUUGGUCAAUAAAUUAGAACCUAUACAGGUCACAGUCGACGAUAAAAUUGAUGAAUCCUUACAUCAUGACUUCAGUCUUCGAUCAACAAUUGCAACUGGCAUAUACACUGAAAAAAGAUUUGUUCAACGAAAAAACAAUUAUUUGACUUAACAAAAUGCUGCGGUCGGAUACGUUCAAAUAAAUGUCAAUGUAAUAAGAACUAAAUAUUUUGUUUAAUGAUUACGAUAUUUUUAAAUUUGGUCCAACCAAAUUUAGUUAUUGCAGACAAAAUAUUUAUUUCAUUCUACAGUAUAUUUAAUUGAAGAGAAAUUGUUGUUUUGAUGACUCAUAAAAUAGCAUUAAUUGAGAUAACAAAAAGAUGUGUGUGUCAAACAAAAAAUAAUGAAAGAACAACAAAAUCUAUGUUUAAAAUAAGGGUGUAGUUUUUUCGUUCGACUUCAUUAUAGUUGAAACCUAUAUAAAUCAAUAUUACCGCGAACGUUAUAUUUUUUCAUUUAACCAAGGAUAUAGUCAUAGUGACAAAACGUAGGGUAGGACGAACUUUAUGUUUAUUUAACACAACACAAUAUCCUUUUAAUGAAGUGAAAUAUUUUGUUUAUUUUGUAAUAAAUUAAAUUGAAUGAACUAUCGUUCUUGCUAGUCCAAACCAUUCACGAGUUAUAGUAAGUGUGAAGACGUCUUAGUUCGACAAAAUAUUUGUUUCUUCAGAAAAGUCAUUUAUUUAUGUAACAUAAAAAGUAUUGUCGAAAGCUAACGAAUUUAUUCGAUUAACCAUUUAGGCAUUUCAUGAUAUCAAAGUUUACUUCCUAUGAUCAAAUGAAAGGUAACAAGAAAAAAUAUUUAGUUAAUUGGAAUUAACAUUUUUUUGGAAUAACUAGCUAUUAAAAUACGGUAACCAAAUAUUUGAUUCGAAUGACUUUAUAUUUUAUAUAAUCUUUAAUUUAUUACGACCAAGUUGGUUACACACACGUAUAGUGAAGCACAACUUUUCGACCACGACUUUAUAUUAUUAUUGACUUUAUAUUAUUUUCGCGUGCACGGUUUUCCGGAUGGUUAUUUGUAAGGUGAUAACGCAAUGUUUCUUGCGAGAACGUCACGCCUGGCCUGGCCAUCUAUCGGUCGAUGCUGACUGGGCAGUUAACUAUGUUCUAUGUAAAUUAGAUCUCAAGCCUUUAACUAUAUAUAUUCUCAAAGAACUGAAUAUUACAAUGUUAAACCAAACAAAUUUGGUUUUAUUUUAAAGAUGAGUUAGAAGUAAAUAAACACUAUAUAUGGUUAGAAUUACUUAGUACUUUUGGAAAGUUGAGUAGUUCACUUUAACUAAAUAACUGUUGAUUUAACGUUGUUAAUACGUUUAACAUUACCAGUCCCAAAUUUUGUUAACUCAAAAUAUUAACAACCUUACUUUCCAACAAACAAUUAAGUUGUAUUGUCUGAAAUAUAUUACCUUUCAAAAUGUACAUUCAGUUAAAGUAAGUAAAUAUUUAAGCUUAUCAUAAACUUCAAGUAAUAAUUGAUUGGGUCAGUCUUACCUAAGAAUUUGUCUAUACAAUGCAGAAUGUAUACUUACUUAACAAAACAUUUGGUUGUCUUGAAUAUAUGUAAUUUAUGAAAACGUCAUUAUCUCAUAUAACAAAGACACAGUCCAUUCAAACAAAUUCUCCCAUUUAAAACAAUGAAAUAUUUGUAUGUCUGAUAUAAACGCAUUUAGUUAACUUCGUGAGACUGUCGAAAUAAAUAUAACGAUGCUGGUGACUGAUUUUUCUUAAAGGUAACCAAAUGAUGAUAGUUCCGUCAACUAAAUGAAAUGGUUGAACCAUUUUUUUCAACUAGCAUUGAACAGUUUGUUAAGUAGACUACAGUUAAGUUCGGUUGAUUAGAAAGUUGUUGCAUUAACUAAAUCUUCAAACAACUAAAUGUGUUUAGAUCAUUGAACAAAAUUUUUUUUUCAAUGUACAUAUAUGCAUUUAUGUUUACGAGAAGAUUAAAAUGCUUUUAAUUAAGCUUUUUGUAGAACUAUGAAGAAAAUGUAUGAAAAGUGAACAAAGAAAUAAAUAAAUAAUUCACAG